AUGGAAGGAGGCGAUGAUCAUCUCCACCACCGCCGCCACAACUUUCCUUUCCAAUUACUUGAAAAGAAAGAAGAUGAGCCCAGCUCCUCCACUUCUACCUAUCCAUCUCUAGCCAUCUCCGUCGCGGCUGAUACAUUAAACACUAGCGACACCACUCCACCACCAACAGCCUCCUCAAGCCACCAUGUCUCCGCUGAGACAUCCAAGAAGCCGGCGCCCAAGCGUACGACAACGAAAGACCGUCACACCAAGGUCGAUGGACGUGGCCGACGAAUUCGCAUGCCUGCACUCUGUGCUGCUAGGGUUUUUCAGCUCACGCGAGAACUCGGCCAUAAGUCUGAUGGCGAAACCGUCGAAUGGCUGCUUCAACAAGCCGAGCCAGCUGUCAUUGCCGCCACGGGAACCGGUACAAUCCCGGCAAACUUCACUUCACUUAAUAUAAGUUUACGAAGCUCAGGUUCCAGCAUAUCAGUGCCAUCUCAAUUAAGAUCUUCGUACUUCGAUUCAAAUUUUUUGAUUCCUCAACGCCGGGGACUUUUACCGAGCACCGGAUUACAAUCGGAGAAUUCCUCAACGACGUUGUUGAAUUUUCAAUCGCCAAGCCUUAACCCUAAUUUUUUGCAGGCUAAGCCGGAGUUGCAAGAGAAUACACUAGACUUAAUGGAAACUGAGGAGAGUUUAGGGAGAAAGCGUAGGCUUGAGCAAGAAUUACAACAACCUCAGCAUCAAAUAGGAAAUUAUUUUCUACAGUCAAGUACUGGUUCAAUUCCGGCUAGUCAUGCUUCAAUUCCAGCAAAUUUUUGGCCGCCGGUGGCCGGUUCUAAUAACCAAGUCAUGGGUGGUGAUCCCAUUUGGACAUUUCCUUCAGUUAAUAACAGUGCUGCUGCUGCUGCUGCUUUGUAUAGAGGUACUAUGUCUAGUGGGCUACAUUUUAUGAAUUUUCCGACCCCAGUUGCACUAUGGCCUAGUCAACAAUUAGGUUCAACUAGUGGUGGCGGCGGUUCAGUGGAAGGGCAACUAGGCAUGAUCACUGGGCUAAAUCAGUAUCGGACCGGUGAUGCUACUAAUGGGGAAUCUGAAUCUCAAGUGAGCGACUCUCAAUAA